AAAUAGAUCCAAUCGAUGUUGAACCCCUUGUCCACAAGCGUUUCGUUUACUAUACCCUUCGUAGCCCCCGACCAGCCAACCGUUUUCCGAGCCCAACUUCCCGGAAGUGCAAGCGUGCCCAACCACUGUCACGUCCACGCGGGACCCGCCCGUCCCUUGGCCCCACCCGGCAGCCUCCCAGCGGUUAACAAGGGUCUCGCUGUCCCGGGGAAUCUGUGUCGUCGGCACUUGGACUCGCCGAGAGCAGAGCGGAGCCAAGCGAGCACCACUCCCCUGUUUCCUCGUGCGUCGCGUGUGUCGCGGCGGCAGCGGGGCGGAGCGGAUCGGCGGCGAUGGCUCCGAGGGAACAGGCGGGCGCCGGGGCCGCGGGCGGCGCGGCGGAUCCGGAGGCCGACAUCGAGGCCCCUCUCAUCUCCUACAGCUCCUCCUUCUUCUUCCAGGACGGCGCGGCGGCGGGGGCGGGGGCGGGGCCGGGAGGCGAAGACGGCUCCGGCGACGAGGAGCAGCGGCGGAACCGGCGCAGGUUCCUCCUCGGCGGCCAGCUGCAGUCCAACGCCACCUCCCAGGUCGCGCUCGUCGGCACCGACUUCUGCCCCAUCGAGAGCCUCGACUACGAGCUGAUCGAGAACGACGUGUUCAAGCAGGACUGGCGGGCGCAGGGGCGGGGCCACAUCCUGCGCUACUUCGCGCUCAAGUGGGCGCUCUGCUUCCUUGUCGGCGCGCUCACCGCCGCCGCCGCCUUCGUCGCCAACCUCGGCGUCGAGAACGUCGCCGGCGCCAAGUUCGUCGUCACCUCCAACCGCAUGUUCGCGCGCAGGUUUGAAUCGGCGUUUCUGGUCUUCCUGUUUUCGAAUUUCCUGCUCACAAUGUUCGCCACGGUGCUGACGAUGUACGUGGCGCCCGCGGCGGCCGGCUCCGGCAUCCCGGAGGUGAAGGCCUACUUGAACGGCGUCGACGCACCCAACAUUUUCUGUUUCAAGACUCUGGUGGUGAAGGUUGUGGGAUGCAUUGCUGCAGUAUCAUCAUCACUGCAUGUGGGAAAAGCUGGUCCUCUGGUACACACAGGUGCAUGCAUUGCAUCAAUACUUGGGCAAGGUGGCUCGCGUAAAUAUCGCAUGACAUGUAAAUGGCUAAGGCACUUCAAGAAUGAUAGGGAUCGGAGGGACCUUGUCACUUGUGGUGCUGGUGCUGGUAUUGCUGGUGCUUUCAGGGCUCCAGUCGCCGGAGUUCUUUUUGCUCUGGAAACAGUGUCUUCACGAUGGAGGAGUGCCCUACUCUGGCGAGCUUUCUUCACAACGGCAGUUGUUGCCGUUGUGCUUAGGGCAUUAAUAGACAUCUGUAAAAGAGGCCGGUGUGGCUUGUUCGGGAAAGGCGGUCUUAUAAUGUUUGAUGUGACUUCGGGCUAUGUCAACUAUCAUGUGAUUGAUUUACCUCCGGUAAUCACUCUAGCAGUUUUUGGAGGAGUACUGGGGAGCUUGUACAACUUCUUCCUUGACAAGGUUCUUCGUCUCUACAAUGUUAUCAACGAGAAAGGUCGAACUUACAGACUACUCCUGGCUGCAACAGUCUCCGUCUGUACUUCAUGUUGCCUCUUUGGCUUGCCAUGGCUUGCAGCUUGCAAACCUUGCCCAGCUGACUCAAGAGAAGCUUGUCCAUCAAUAGGGAGAUCUGGAAAUUUCAAGAAGUUCCAGUGUCCAAUGCAUAACUACAAUGACUUGGCUAGCCUGUUCUUUAACACCAACGAUGACACCAUUAGAAACCUCUACAGUAACGGCACUGACCAUGAGUUCCAUAUCACCUCGAUCCUUGUGUUCUUUAUUGCAUCAUAUUUUCUGGGCAUUUUCAGCUAUGGCCUCGCCUUACCAUCUGGCCUUUUCGUACCAGUUAUUUUAACUGGUGCAGCUUACGGUCGUCUGGUUGGCAUGCUGAUUGGGUCGCAAUCAACUUUGGAUCAUGGUCUUUUUGCGGUUCUUGGUUCUGCUGCCCUUCUAGGUGGAUCGAUGAGAAUGACUGUCUCAGUCUGUGUUGUCAUCCUAGAACUGACAAAUAAUCUGCUGAUGCUUCCUCUGGUUAUGCUGGUCCUUAUCAUAUCAAAGACAGUGGCAGAUGCUUUUAAUGCAAACGUCUAUGAUCUGCUUGUUAAAUUGAAGGGUUUUCCUUUUCUUGAAGGGCAUGCUGAACCCUACAUGCGACAACUGUCAGUUAGUGAUGUUGUAACUGGCCCUCUACAGACAUUCAAUGGCAUAGAGAAGGUUGGCCGUAUUGUGGAUACCUUGAAGGCAACCGGUCAUAAUGGUUUCCCUGUCGUUGAUGAGCCACCGUUUUCAGAUACUCCUCUGUUAUAUGGUCUAGUUCUUCGGUCGCACCUGCUUGUUCUGUUGAGGAAGAAAGAGUUCAUCAGUAGUUCCACAGCUUCAGCAUCAGAUGCUUCAAAGCAUUUCUCACCUGAGGAUUUUGCUAAACGUGGUUCGGGAAAGCAUGACAGAAUUGAGGACAUUGAAUUGACUGCAGAAGAACUGGAAAUGUUUGUAGACUUGCAUCCUUUCACAAACACAUCCCCUUACACUGUGGUUGAGACCAUGUCCUUGGCUAAAGCUCUUAUACUUUUUCGUGAAGUUGGAUUAAGACACCUUUUGGUUCUUCCAAAAACUUCCAAGAGGGCACCUGUUGUUGGCAUAUUAACACGGCAUGACUUCAUGCCUGAGCACGUAUUGGGUCUCCAUCCGUACCUGUUCAAGAGCAGAUGGAAGAAGGUGCGAUUUGGCAAGACAGCCUUCUCCAACUUCUUUUGACAAUUGCCAUAGUAGCUAAUGAUUCGGAGAAUUAACCAAGCGACAGCAUCAGUACAUUGUAUGGGAACCAUCGGGUGGUAGUUUAUACCAACCAUAUACGGAUAAGCUAGUUGUAUUAUAGCGGCAAUAGCAUUUUCUGGUAUCACAUUACAAUGUAUGUUGCUCCUGAGAGAUGUUCUGAAAUAUGAAAUAUACACACGAGGAUUUCCAUUGCAACCUACAAUGAGAUCCGUUCGAAGGAGCCUGUUUCUGAUGGUUCCUCACGGAUGUGAUUAUCAACAAUAACCCGCACAUUGUGAUCACUAGACUUGUCCCUUUUCUUUUAUUUUGCGGGAGACUAGACUUGUACUCCGUACAUGAUUUGUAUGACAAUGAGCAGUAGUUAAUUUUUUUUUUCAA